AUGUGGGGUCGAAAUGUAUACGAUUCGAUUUCGAAGUUCCUACAAUUUCAACUUACCGUUAACAUCGUCGCUGUCCUCACUGCAUUCGUCGGCGCCGUUACUGUAUCCGAUUCACCACUUAAGGCUGUUCAUAUGCUCUGGAUCAAUCUGAUCAUGGACACUCUUGCCUCACUGGCUUUGGCCACUGAAGUGCCAACAGAUGAUCUCUUAAAUCGAAAGCCAUACGGAAGGUGA